AUGCUGCUCUUCGGCCUUGGAAAGCUUGUCUACGUUGUAAUUCUCAUCAUCAACGCCAUCGCUGUCCUCUCCGAGGACCGCUUUCUCGCUCGCAGUUCGUGCCUCCCCCUCGCUUCUUUCCUCGGCCUUGGGCAAUCGCAGCUCAACCCAUACCUCGUCCCCUCAUAUUACAUUGAAUCUAACGUCUCUCAAUUCAUUGCAGUUGGAUGGGGCCGCACACAAGCUGAGCCAGGCUUCGGCGCAUCAUACGAUAGUACCAGCGUAAAGGCGAAGUCGGUCAACUUGAUUGCCAGUGUGCGGACAGUGAUGCGAAUACCGCUCAUCGUGAUCAACACCGUCAUCAUCGUCUACGAGCUCAUCCUCGGUUGA